AUCUGGUGAAGGGGCGAGGGGGGAGGAAGGAGCGGAGGAGGCGUCGUCAGGACGCAGCGAGGGAGAUGGCAGUGACGGUGACGGACGGAAAGGGACAGAGAGAGAGAGAGAGAGAGAGAGAGGAGAGAUGGCCAGUGAGUGAAGAAGGAUGCGGAUUUGCGGGAGGAAGAGGGAGGAGGAGGAGGAGGAGGAGAGUUUAAUAAUCGCGGAAGGAGAGGAGAUGGAUGCGAGGAGGGGGAGGGGGGAGCUGAUGUGAGGUGAUGUGAUGUGAUGUGGCGGAGGAGACUGGAGCGAAUUGACCUGGCGCAGCAGCAGUUGAGCAUCUGGGGUGUGCUUUUUAUGCCCAAUCGGCCUCCCGCAUUAGCCAUCGGGUUUCGUCUCGUCUGCGCCGAUUCUCACUCGCCCCUGAUUCGGUCGCUCCUCGGAUCCCUGCUGCUCCUGCCUGCCCUUUCUCGCAGCCAGGGUGCAGGGCAGGACUGGUAGCAGACUGCGCGACUGAAGCUUGUGCGGGCGUGAUUCAUUCAUAUAUUUGCUCCCUAGUGGCGUAGCGACGAGACCUUGGCUGGCUGCCGGGCUGGGCUGGUGCUGGUGCUGGUGCUGGUGCUAGUGGAUCGAUCGAGAGUCGCGGCCGAGCAAGGAUCGAAAGCUUUUGAGGUGUUGUUGCGGACGAGCACGAGCACGAGCACGAGACGCAGACGAACGCGAGGACGAGAGGUCGAGAGGUUGAAGGCAGACUCGCUGUUGGAUCGGUAGAAUUGGAUUGCUCGUCGUCGUCGGCUGGGUUGCGGGGAGGAGCUCGAGGCGGAGCGGGCGACGACGCGCGAGGGACGAGGGGCGAAGGUUGAGGAGGAGGAGGGCGGAGGAGAGCGAGAGAGAGAGAGGUAGCGAGGUAGCGAGGAGGGAAGAGGAGGGGGGCUCGCGAUGGCGAUGGAGCGCCGGAGCAGCGAGCAGUACAGCGGGACGUCGAUGCAGUAUGGGCCGUCGUUCCCGGGCUCGUACGCGGGCAACUACGAGGAGCCGUACCAAAUGAAGCGAUACAAGACGUCGAAAUCGCGGACGUGGGAUCUGGGCAUGACCGACCCCGAGGUGAAGCGCAAGAAGCGCGUCGCCUCCUACAAGGUGUUCACCGUCGAGGGCAAGGUCAAGGCCUCGGUCAGAAGCGGCUUCCGCUGGAUCAAAAACAAGUACAUCGAAGUCCGCUACGGCUGGUGGUGACAUCCUUGCUCACCAUCCCCCACCGUGACAGACCUUAAUUCGUCGAGCUGGGUGCAGGAGUCGAUGGGACUGCAAAGGUCGAUGUCCACGACGACCGCCUUCCUUUGCAGUAUUCUCGCGGCAAUCGGAAUUGGGGACCAAUUCCCCUCUCGUGAGCCCUCUUCUCUCAUCGUCGUCCUCCCCCUCGACGUACACACACACACACACAAACACACACAUACACAGAUACUGACACUGAGACACAGACAGACAACUUUUCAAACAGAAUUAGCAGGAGGAGAUGAUGACUCCCAAAAUCACAAAACAAGUUCUUCUUGUUUCGGACAUCUUUACUUCGUCGCUGGCGAGAGCGUGCGUUCGUUCUUGCCGGUGAUUUCUUGCUGUAGACUCCAGCACACAUAGUCGAGGAGCAGAGAGGCGUAGGCGAUUGGAUCAGGGUUAGGACGGGUGAGCAGUUGGAAUUCCUCAGGCGAAGCAACGGACGAGUCCCAUGGCGGAUAGGUGAAACUGGAGCAAGAAUGAGGUAGGUGUGAGAGCGGUUACGUGAAGAUCCGGUCGUCCUAGCAGCAACAACUGUCCUGCCGUGAUAGUGCUGACGAUGAUACUGAUGAUGAAAUGAUGAUGAUGAUGAUGAUUUGUAAGAUUGAUAGUAGGUGUUGGAGCCCCCGUGUAAAAUACUACGUUAAUUGUUCCGAAGAGUUUUUUUUUUCACUCGAAGCACCUCGACUCGACCCUUCUUGUGGCCUUCUUCUACUUUGGUGACCAUAAAAUUACUGAAUUGGGUGACUCUCCGUGUUUCUCGAAUGCUUGUGCUCUCAAUUUCGCCAGUCAAUUGCCUGUCACGACGCCCCCCGCGGGCUCCCUCCUUCGCGACUGUGCGGAGGCCAGCGCUUCCCCUUGCCUGCCUCUCGGGAAGCCUGGCCGAGAAUUCCUCCAAUUCAGUUUCUGUCCUCACUAUUAGCGAGAUCCCGUUUGUGCAUUAUUUAC